AAGAUUGAGGAGUCACUCAGAAGGAGGCAAAAUACUCAGCCUACGGCUAUACUGCAGCGUUGCAGUAUUGGGCAUACGAGGCCAUAUUACAGCUGGGCAACGAGUAUGCAGUGAGGAGGUCGCAUCGCUUUCCGAGAAUGGUCAACUGGGAGAGUAAGCCGAACACUACACUCGGGAAGGAUGAAGUGACCAAAUUAUUUGCUAAAAAUUUGACAGUGUACUCCAUGUUAUGUCCUCGGCCGAACGAGAUUGAGUUUGUGAGUUACAUAACCGGGGGUCAGCCUCCGUUAUUUGUUGACUUGGAGGAACUUGUGUUGGGUGAGGAUGGGCAACCAACACAGGAUGCUUUGCGAAGCCAGGCCGAAAAGCUUGCCUCCACAUUGGAAGAACGAGCGGAGGCAGCCCGAAUAUUUAAAGACUCUACACCACCUCCACCGUCUCCACAACGUGCACCGCCUGCAGUUCCAGAUGGGUCUGGUGUUGACCCAUCUCCAGCUUCAGUUCCUGAUGGGUCUGGUGUUGACCCAUCUGCAGCUUCAAUUCCAGAUCAAUGUGGUGUUGACCCACUUGCAGCAUCAAAGGAUCCUCCUGUUCCCCCGUCAGCUUCUAUUCCCAGCACCUCAGAGGCUCGCGAUCUAGUAUACCCUGCCAUUUUGGCAAGGUUGGAGACUGUGGAGAGGGGGCAGAUUGCUUUGAGGGAAGGGCAGGCCGCUCUGCUAAGAGGACAAACAGCGAUUAUGGAUCAGUUGAAGACCAUAAUGACGCUCCUGCAAGAUCCUGGAAGGCCGGCAGCAGAUUCACAGCCACAGCCACAGCCACAACCAGAAGAGGAGGCUCGGACACCGGAAGAUGACUUCAUUCUCCCAAAUGAUUACCAACCGGAUGAUGAUGACAUGUUCUGUACACCUGAGAAGACGAAUAUCACCAGCAUCGGGGAUACUCAGGAUUCUGAGGUGCAGGUGUUAGUGACAGCUCCAGAAGUCAUGGAGAACCGAAGGAAGAGAAGGCGGCCUAGGUGGUUCGCUGAGUACACUGAAAUGAAGAAGAAGGCUAGGGCUACUUCGACACUCGUGAAUGCGGACCCACUUAGAGUGGUUGAUCGGAAGCUGCUCAGGACUUUUCAAAAUUGGGUACUCGGCCAGAUUGGGAACAAGUACCCGAGAGAGUGCUUCACCGGUCGAUACGAUUCGUCUUGGUUCCUCGAACUACAUACUCCGAGGUUUUGGCUUGGGAACGAUCAUUUGGAUGCGGCAUUCCAUUUGAUAAGGAGGCGACAACACUUUUAUCCAGAGAUCUACCCAAAUAGAUGUGUCAUCAUGCCGUGUAUUUUCCCAGCAGGAGUUAUUGGUCGGUGGGAAGCUGCGGGUGAUGACCAGGCUAACUAUCAGUGGGAUGAGGGCAUAUUAGAUUUGAUUCGAGGGGAUGAAAGUCAAUUCUUGGCCAGUUGGAAGAAUAAGGAGAGAAUAUAUAUGACCCUCUACUUCGAUAGAGCAAAGCAUUGGGUGACGCUAGAGGUAGAUCUGGAUCAUUGGUUGUUGAACAUAUUUGACUCGAGCCUCGGAUCGAUUUCCCCAAACGAAUUGAAGAGUCACCUGGCAAUGUGGGAAAAAUUACUACCAAAUUUGCUGCUGCAGGCUGGCCUAUUCGAGACUCAUGACAUGAUCCUCGUGCCUCAACUUACCGCCUCAGAGAGCCAGGUCAGAAAUUUCACUUCAAAAGUCAUGGACCGGGGCGUUGUUCGACAGACAAAGACAAGCGGUGACUACGGGAUGUAUGUGAUAGAGCACAUCGAGCAUAGUAUGCUGGAGACUACGUUUGAUAAUGUGCACAAUGACAAUAUGAAGAAAUUUAGAGAGCGGUGGUGUGUAGAUUUGUUUUACCAAAAUUUAGCAUGAACAAAUGUGUUUUUUUUUAUUUGGUAUUUAUUAAGAUAACAAUGUAACUGGUUUAUUUUAUUGGUAUGUUUAUGUUUUUUU